AUUCAUUCAAGAGCUCGUGGUUCAAAUAUUGAGAAAUUAAAUAUUCCACUUGAAGACUUGAUACGAAUUCAAAACUUACGAGACAGAGUACUAUUCAAAUUCAUCACGAACCACCGAAUCGCCUUCGAGACUUCUCUACGCUUCUUCCUCGCGUCACGCUGCCGCCGUCUCGCCAUGUCGGUGACGCUGCACACGAACCUGGGGGACAUAAAGUGCGAGGUGUUCUGCGACCAGGCUUCCCGGACGGCGGAGAACUUCCUGGCGCUGUGCGCGAGCGGAUACUACGAUGGCACUAUCUUCCACCGCAACAUCAAGGGGUUCAUGAUCCAGGGCGGCGACCCGACGGGCACGGGGAAGGGCGGCGCGUCCAUAUGGGGGAAGAAGUUUGCCGACGAGUUCCGGGAGUCGCUCAAGCACAACGCGAGGGGGAUCAUGUCGAUGGCGAACAGCGGGCCCAACACCAACGGCAGCCAGUUCUUCAUCACCUACGCCAAGCAGCCGCACCUCAACGGCCACUACACCGUCUUCGCCAAGGUCAUCCAUGGCUUCGAGGUGCUCGACCUCAUGGAGAAGGCGCAGACCGGCGCCGCCGACCGUCCCCUCGCUGAGAUCCGCCUCAACCGCGUCACCGUCCACGCCAACCCUCUCGCCAACUAAUCUAGACACUUCUUCUUCUUCUGUAAUCUCA